CUACUGCAACACGUGCCGUUUGUAAACAAAACGAAUAAUGGUGGAACUCGAGGGCUAUACAGUGGUCCCCCUACGCACGUCGCCCGAUGCGAAACACUGCCACAGCGUCUACAUGCGGGAGCACUUCAUUCGGCUGAUGGACCCCAACAAACCCAAAGGCCGCACGCUAUUCCUGCUCAACGUACCGCCCUACGUCACAGAGGAGAGCUUGAGGACGGUCUUCAGCCAGAUGGGAACCAUUGAGGUCGUAGAGUUCGCCGCCAAGCCGGGAAAAGAUGAGACCCUCAAGUGGUAUGAAGGGACCACUGAACCCUUCUCGACUACGCGUCCGCCCUUCCGUUUCAAGGUGGCCUACGUGGUCUUCCAGAAGAGCAGCAGCAUUGCCAAGGCGCUGGCCUUGAAGAGCAUCGACCUGUUCAACAGCAGCGGCGAGUGCAUCAUCAAGACUGGCAUGGAACUGUGGCACGAUCAGUACGAGAACAAUUACCUCCUGGAUGCGCAGAAGACGAAGGCGCUAAUCCGCAAGUACAUGGCCGGCUACGAUAAAAGAGAGCGAGCUGCUGCAGAGGCGGCCAAGACGAGCGAGGCCGAUGCCGACGGCUGGGUCACAGUGGGCAAAGACGGCCGCAAUGCCGGCUUCGAGCAAAAGGAAUCGGUGGUCGGACGUCUGGAAAAUAAGAUGGCCAGAGACAAAAAGACCAAGGAACUGACCAACUUUUACACCUUCCAAAUACGGGAGAGCAAGAUGCAAAACAUCGUCGAGAUGCGCAAGAAGUUCGAGGAGGACAAGCGGAAAAUCGAGCUGCUCAAGCAAUCGCGUCGCUUUAAACCAUUUUAGCUGUAAGAGAUUAAAAUAAAACUUCCUUAUGUUAUCCCAAAAGAGAGUUGA